UUAGGCUAUACGGUAUGGGGGUCGGCCCCGGGCCGUCGCGGGUCGGCGACGGUCCAAACACCGUGCCGCCCUCUACCGUCGUCGUCCUGUCCGUCCGAAUAUUGCCGUUGGCGACGGUGCGAAUAAGGUGGGCCCCCUUCAUUUGACCGUUGAUAUUAAUAAAAAAAAAAAAAACUUUUCAACGGCUACUUUUUUAAAUUACACCCAUUUCACUUCCAUUUUUAUAAAUACUCACUUCUUUAACCCCAAUUUUCACAACUUUUCACCCACUACCACCCCAUCUCUCUCACAUUUUAUAAACCACUCUUCCCUUUUUAUAAAAACUCAUAAUAUUUUGUAUCAUUUUUUACCCGCUUCCACCCCAUCUCUCGCUAAAAAAAUUACCAUGGCUUCACCCGUUUCUUCCAUUUCUUCAAUUUCGUCUAUGUCUUCAUCGUCUUCGUCCGAGUGGUAUUCAUCAUCUUCGGAAGAGGAUGUUAUUAUGCACAACAUGAUUAUGAACGCGGCUCAGGUGUUCAUGUCGGCGGCUGAAGGGUCGUCCCAACCGCUAACCAGACGAGCAAAAUAUAAUCGAGACCAAGAAGCCGGCCACGAUAAACUAGUAGCCGAUUAUUUUGCCGACGAACCCGUGUACCCAGCCGAGAUUUUUCGACGUCGUUUCCGCAUGAGUCGUCGACUGUUCUUACGUAUUGCAGGCGACAUGGCCCAGUCUGAUCCGUUUUUUACAUUGCGAAACGAUGCUAGGGGUCAAAGGGGUUUCAGCAAUUUACAAAAAUGUACGUCGGCCAUUCGCCAACUUGCGUACGGUUACGCACCAGAUGCAUUAGACGAGUACAUUAGGAUGUCUGAAAGAACCGCACGUCGAUGUUUAUACAAGUUUUGCCAAUGGGUUGUCAAAUUGUAUAGCAAGCGAUACCUGCGGAAACCGAACGUAAACGACGUUCAAAAAUUAUAUCAAGCCCACGAACAGAGACAUGGUUUCCCAGGAAUGCUCGGGAGCAUUGAUUGCAUGCACUGGCAGUGGCAGAACUGCCCGGUUGCAUGGCAAGGUCAGUAUACUAGGGGAGAUCAGGGACAUCCGACUAUCAUUCUAGAGGCUGUUGCGUCACAGGAUCUCUGGAUAUGGCAUGCUUUUUUUGGUCUACCUGGUUCACUCAACGACCUCAACAUCAUAUACCAGUCACAGAUUUUUGAUGAUGUAGUGGCGGGUACAGGUCCAGACACAAGCUUUACGGUUUCAGGGGUGGAGUACAGGCGAGGUUACUACCUAGCCGAUGGGAUAUACCCAACGUACUCGACAAUUGUUAAAACUGUCCCGCACCCGACCGACGACAAAAGGAAAAAAUUUGCAAAGUUUCAGGAGGGCGCAAGAAAAGAUAUUGAACGGGCUUUUGGUGUUCUACAAAAAAAUGGCACAUCAUUUCUAUUCCAGCACGUUCGCAAACACCAAGGAGGUUACGACACAUUAUGUACGCUUGUAUCAUCCUUCAUAACAUGAUCAUUGAAGACGAAGGGAGAGCGAUAUGUGAUUACGACGAAAACGCGUCUACUGGAAAUUCUGUUCCAGUUAGUGAGCAAGAACAAGAUUUGAACGCCUUCGCUCUACGUAACGAGUACACACAUCACAACCUACAAGCGGACUUGGUGGAGCAUAUUUGGAACAACGCUGAAAACGAACCCGCCCACCACAUGGAAGACGACGACUAGUAGCUUAUUUUAGUAUGUUAGGAUAUUUUUACGUUUUUUUUUUUUAACUUUAGGUUUUUAAGUUUAUGUUUUUUUUAGUUUAUUUUUUUUAAGUUUAAUUUUUUUUUAUGUUUAUGUAAUGUUUUAUAAUAUUAAUUAAAAUAUUUUAUUACUUUAUUUGUUAAAUGUUUAAAAAAAGAUGGAGAUUUAAAAAAAAAAAAUAUAAAAGUGGUGGAGGAUGAUGACUAGGACCAUCCUCCCAUGCCCCCUAGUUUUGGAGGAUGAUCCAUCCUUGGGAGGACUAUGAUGUGGCGCCUACGUGGCGGAUCAUCCUCCAAGGAUGGUCCAUCACCAUACCAUGUAGUCUUAGGUCCUUUGAUACUAACCUGAUUUAAAAUUUUAGUUAAGUUUGGUCAUGUAACUUACACAUAAGGGUAGAUCAGUAAUUUUACUUUCUUUGUCCUUUGAUACACACAUAAAUGACAAAACCCUAUCUCUUUCUUCUCUCUGAGCUCUCUGUCUCCAACCAAUCUCCACCGCCACUGUAUUCAGCAUCCAUCACCACCAUAUCCUAGAAACCACCACCACCGGAUCCAUCCCCACCAUCAUCGGAUCCAGCCCCCCCCCACCAGCCGUCGUAUAUAACCAACCCCCACCAUCACCGGAUACAACCACCACAAACCCACCACCACCGCCGACAGCCGAACCACCAUGGCCCACCCCCGUUUUCUUCGAUUUUUCACCUCCCCUAUCUUUUUUUUUGGGUCAACAACCACCAUCGAUUUGAAAAGUGUAAUAAAUAACAAUAUUGAAAGAUGGAAAGAUGGAUUUUGUGGUUGGCGGCAGAGUAGAAUUUUAGGGGUUUUGGUUUGCUGUGAUGUGAUGUGGGUUUUGAAUGUUGAUUUCUUGCUCUCGGUCUAUAAUGAGGAUUAUAUACUUAAAAAUAGUGUAAAGGCAUAAUGAUUGUACAGAAACUGAGUGGGGUUAUGGUUUAAAGGAAGUUAUAGGUGAAGCAACAGAGAUGAAAACAAAGAUGAAAAGGCAUGUUGCUUCUGCACAUUCAAUGAUUUCUUCACAUGUAUGAGUGUAUUGAGAAAGGAACCAAUAAUGGUAAAGUUGAACUGAGAUGCAAAUUUGUUAUUUGGAUAUAGGGCAUGUUUGGGUAAGCC